GAACGUCGUGAGGCUCUUCCUUUCAGCCUUUCGUUUGUAGUCUGGUUGGAGCGACGCGUUAUGCACCCGGACACUUCCUGCACGGACAUUCUCCUUAUCGGCUCCUUGCUCUGUGCUGUGUGGGGAUCACUCCGGUGGAGCGAUCUACUUUGGUGCCCCCCGGACCGUAUUCACCUGCACUCCGAUGGGUCCGUUAUCUCCGGCAUUGCUAUGCGAACCAAAGUCACCCGUUCCGGGAUGCCCUGGGGCAUUCUCCCUUCCGGUCUUACCGGCACUCCAUCCGGCUCCUGGUCCUUCCGGUGGCUCACGGUUCUGAAGCAAUCGCUCCAGCGCUCCCGUGCUGCCUUUCCCAAUAGAGUCAUCGACUUCCUUCCGGCCCUUCUUUCGGGUCCCUCACACUCACCGGUCCUGUUCAGUCCUCUGCAGCGGGAUCGCGGCGUUACAUGGAUCCGUUCUCUGCUCAUGGAGCAUUGGCGCGAAUCUUCUUCUGGCUCGCCUCCCGAAGCCUUCCGCUUCAUUGGUGCUCAUAGUGCCAAGGACAUCAUCGGCUGUCCGGUGCGGACGCCUCUGUCGCUCUCUAUAGCCGAGACGACAUUGGCCCUAUGGUCCAUCUCCAGCGGGCCCUGGUCUUCCACAUUCGUUCUGGCUUUCGUCCGAUGCAGCCCUUGGCACGCGGCCUGGCUGAACCUCUCCCGCCCGGACUUCCCCGUGCAACUCCCGGCGGCG